ACGGUUUCAAUAUCGUCUCGAAGGAAGGCAUGUUAUCGAGGGGAAAUCUACGCCACUACCGAGACGCGUUCCUGACCAGUCUUUGGACCCCUAUUUGCACAUGGCCAAAUGCGUUCUGUGCAACCGCGGAAAAGUGACAGAGUCAAGGAUACACGUUUCAGGUUGAGAGCUCCCCACAACCUAAAAUUGUGAUAUUCAGCUGAAAAGGCCCUGAUCGACGUGUUGAUCCCUUAGAAGACAUCCCAAUGCAGAUAACAGAGUGCACGGUUCCCGCGAUAGGGGGAACAUCACCAAAACAACACUCCAAAGACACUUCAAAAAUAUGCGAUGCAAGGCGACAAAGGCUUAAUUGGUCCUAUUGAAGUUUAUCUGAGGAAACUAUGGCAUUGUACCGAAAAUUACAGGUGCCUGCAAGAAGUAUCAAGCUCCUACGCCUUGUGCUGUGGUUCGUUUCAACUGCCGUACCCAUGUCACCCGAAGAUCGCAAUCACAUCUCACGGCCCUUCUUCCCCACAAGAAACCAAAGCAGAUAUGACAGGCAGUUGAUCGAUGCUUAUCCUUUGACGGUGAGCUGUUUUGCGUGCUGAGGGAUUGGGAUCUUCUGCUGCUCUCUACGUCAUUUGAUCGAGGGGCUGAUUCCAUGGGGCUCAAAGGGGGAUUAUAUACUCCCUCGAUGGAGCCGAGGGAUGGAGUUGCCUUUUUUGUCUUGCAUCCACGAAAAACCUACCGAGUCAUUCAUUUUGUCCUAUAAUACAUAAUUCAUAGCCAUCAAGGACAGCCCAGAGGAAAAAAUCUUCCAUUCCAAAUUUCAUCAAAUCUCACUUUUUUUGCAUCCUCUCCCACGAAAACAAACACAUCUUCCGCAAUGCAGAUUUCCACCAUCACCAUCCUCUUCGCGACCCUCACACUCUCUACACAAGUCCUCUCGGCGCCAACACCAUAUAUCAAGAAAGUCGACACCCCAUCCGGACGUCCCAAAUUCGUCUGCGUCGACUCAGAUCUCUCGUGUCUCACGAAGCGAGCGUACAAUACCGUCACGUCUGCUCCAGUAGUUGGAGGAUUCAUCGGCCAUGUCCUGAGUUCGACGACGGGGGAAGUCAGUCAUGUUGUGGAGUAAUUUGAAGGGCUGAUGGACACUCGAUUACACUUCGAUGUAUUGAAGCACGUAGGUAUGUCCUAUCUCGAUUUGAAGAUUCCGUCUAACAUAAAUUCAGAUCAGGUGCAUAUGACUUGAGAAGAAAUUUGUCUUGGACUGAAGUCAGAGGCGAAGUCUUCACAUCAUCGUCAAACCCGCGAUUCAGGCGAUGGGACGUCGUUUCGGGCGGGUAGGACUAGGCUCUUGAGGGCUUGAGGGGCAACUCGGCGCUCCUGCGGAAGCUUGUAUUAGUUUAUGAUCAACUCACCAGAGGCCACCGGCGACAUGAUACCUGUCUAGAGAUAAUAUUUAAUGUAUAUCACUACCAACCACCCCAUACGGAUCAUUUUCUUGAAC